AUGUCUUCGAGGCAUGUCUCGCAGCUCCGGAAAUGGAUGCUAGCCUCGCCGCCCAUCGAAUGGGGCAUUGAUAAGCUGAGAGAGUUACUCAUUGGCGCAUUGCGACAAGGUCCUAUUCCUCAACAUGUGGCAUUUGUAAUGGAUGGGAACAGGCGAUUUGCGCGAAGUCACAAGAUAGAAACAGUUGAGGGGCACAAUCUGGGAUUUGAGGCUCUAGCAAGAAUAUUAGAAGUCUGCUACAAGUCUGGAGUGAAGGUGGUGACCGUUUACGCAUUCAGUAUAGAGAACUUCAAACGCUCAAAAUAUGAGGUAGAUGCUCUCAUGGAAAUGGCAAAAGUUAAGCUGGUACAAUUGGCGCAACAUGGGGAUCUUCUGGACAGAUACGGAGCCAGCGUUCGAGUUCUUGGCCAGAGGAAUUUAGUCAAAGAUGAUGUUUUGGAGGCCAUCGAUAGAGCUGUGGACAUGACAAAGAACAACGGAGAUUGCGCACUCAACAUCUGCUUCCCAUACACAUCUCGAGAUGAAAUCACAACCGCAAUCAAGACUACUGUAGAAAACUACUCAAAACCAACACAUACACAGCAGCGACCCUUCUCGCAGACUCGAAUAACACAAAAGCUCAAGUCAAGAAAUGUCGAUUCUACCUCAAAGUCAGCCCUAAGAGCAAGCUCCCCUACUCCGUCGAACAUAUCCGAACCAGACGAAUCUGUGUCAUCCUCCACAACCCUGAAUCCUGAGCCGUCGCCGAUAAGCAGCCCCGAAGCUGGAGUAUUUCCUGAUCCCGAAUCAAUAUCCAUAGACACGCUUGAAGAAAAUCUAUUCACUGCUGGGGAUCCUCCCUUAGAUCUCUUGAUCCGAACGAGUGGAGUUAAUAGAUUAAGCGACUUCAUGUUAUGGCAAUGCCAUGAGGACACAGAGAUAGUUUUCUUGGAUUGUUUGUGGCCUGAAUUUGAUUUGUGGCAGUUUCUACCUGUCUUGGUAGAAUGGCAAUGGAAACAGAAGCAUGUUGAAGAAAAGGCGCAAAGUAAAGGAAACAAGGCAUCAAAUAUCAAAAAUCGUUAG